UUAAUUCCACUCCAAUGCAAACCCGCUUUGAUUAUAUUCUCCAUUGAUAGCUAGCUAUAUCGAUCAAUGGCCACCCUCGUUUUCCCCGACCACCCCUCCCCCGUCGCCGAUGCUGAGGCCAUUUACAACGCCUGUAAAGGAUGGGGGACGCAUGAGAAGACGGUGAUCGGAAUCAUCGGCCAUAGAAACUGGACUCAGAGGAAGCUGAUCAAGCAGGCGUACCACGAUCAGUAUCAGGAGGAUCUGAUCAGACGCUUCGAGAAGGAGCUCUCCGGCAGCUUGGAGAAAGCGGUUUACCGGUUGAUGCUGGAUCCGGAGGACCGCGACGCCGUGCUGUUAAAUGUGGCGAUCAGAAAGGGCGGCGUUCCAGAUUAUCGUGUGAUCAUCGAGCAGGCAUGCAUCUAUUGUCCUGAAGAGUUUCUGGGCGUCAAGCGGGCCUAUCAGGCCCGCUACAAGCGUUCGUUUGAAGAAGAUUUGGCUCAGAAUUCUACUGCAGAUUUCCGCAAGCUUCUAGUUGCGUUGGUGGGUGUUUACAGGUACUCUGGAAGUGAGGUCGACGCUAAGUUAGCACAAACUGAGUCUCUGAUCCUCCACAAUGCCAUCAAGAAAAAGGAGUAUAAUCAUGAAGAAAUCGUUAGAAUUCUGAGCACAAGAAGCAAGGCUCAGCUCAUAGCCACUUUCAACCGCUAUAAAGAUGAACAUGGCACUGCUAUCACCAAGGAUUUGAAGGAAGAUACUGGAAACCAGUACCUGACAGCGCUGCGUUCGACGAUCCGAGCCAUGGUUGACCCACAUAAGUACUAUGAGAAGCUGAUCCGACGAGCUCUGACGAAGACGGGGGCGGACGAGGAUGAUUUGACCCGUGUGAUCGUGACGAGGGCGGAGAGGGAUUUGAGGGGCAUCAAGGAGGUUUAUCAAAAGAGGAACAGUGUCACUCUUGAGCAGGCUGUUGCCAAGGAAACUUCUGGGCAUUACGAGGCUUUACUCCUGGCUCUGCUCGGGAAGCAAGAAUGAAUGAUUGUAGGUCUGUCUUGUUGGUGUCGUCUUCUUUGGCUUGGCUUUUGAAUAUGUUGGAAAGUUUCAGAGUCUUUCGUGUGUUGUUAGUUUGUCAGUUUCGUGUGUUUUGAGUAAGUCCCCUGUUGCUUCGGUAAUGAGACUUUUUAUUUUUUAUU